UAUCGACGGAAUGCUUUAUAUCCCUCCCAACUCUCUCUCUCUCUCUGUCUCAAGCAGCUUCCAAGACAGCAACGAUGGCGUGCGAAGCGUGCUGUACGUUGCUGAGACCUCCGAUCCUCCCUUAUCGCCAGGCACUAGCAAAGAAGGAGUUAUAUGUAGGGGCUUCGGAUCUAGUCAGUGUAUCAGGCAAAACGGCUUCUAGGACAGCAAUGAGACUAUUCAAUAUAAAUCAUCUGAUUGGUAUGAAGAAGGCCAUCAGCUGGGGAAACCAUCCUAAUCGAUCAUUGCCGAAAAGGAAAAUUUCUGUUUCAGUUAUGAGUUUUGAUACUGUAAAUCCCCGCACGUGUACAACAAUAUCGGGCUACUGGGUCGGACCUGAUGCUGAAGAUGGGUGGGGUUAUGUCGAGGCUGUCGUGGAUCGAAGUGUUUGAAUGAAUAUUUACUCUUCGGCAAAUGUAAUUAAUUCUUUGCAAAGUUUUACAUGCUUAUCGGUUCUUGAUUUUUUCUUUAA